AUGGCUGUGGUAAAAGACCUCCCAAUGGAGGUCCUACUCCAUAUCCUUUCCUUUUUGCACAUUCUGACCAUUGAGCGGGUCGCCAAAACCUUCACGCACGCCCUCACCGACGUUUGCCUCCCCAUACUCGAGCCUGUUCUCCAGAAACGGAGGGAGAAAGCUCGGUUCAUAGCACGGUUCGGAAUGAUCUCCAACAUCGCCACUGACGACGCUGUGAACUAUCUCAAUACUUCAAAAACUCGCCUGCCUCUUCAGAUCUCCCCAAAGGCCGUCGUCCGCAGCCAGCCGGAGAUCGCUGAUGCCUUGGACACUCUUGUCCUUCGUGGGGAUUUGAGUUGGCUGAAACCUCUCAAUCCGGAGAUGGCUUCACGGAUGAACCGCGUGUUUGAGCACUCGCCGCCCACCGAGGACUGGGACUCAACCUACAAUGACCUUCUCAAGGCUGCAGAGCUCGUUGGAAUUACCAUCCCGCCAAUCUUCCUCAAGUUCAUCCGUGACCCGGAGCUGGUGAAGCGAAUAUGGACAUAUAGUCAUACUCACAGGAUAGGGUUUCGCCUCCAGGAACCGCUGCUGGUAGAGGACCGGGGGGGUUAUUUCCUUCCCUUCUACUACGACAACACUCAACCGAGGGCACAGACAGGAUUGUAUUUUGAGCCAGGAAAGGACGGGCACUAUUGUGUGCUCUCUCAGUGUAAGCCGAAUGCACCCCGAGGCAGCGUUGUCUAUGGCCCAGAAUGUGAGAAGCCAGAGACACGCUUCUAUCCCAACCACGAAUGCUGGCUGGAAGAAACGGAUUUUGAAGCUUUCUUGCAUAACCUGUACUAUACCAAAUUGCUGCGCGAAAUACGUUUCAGUGGAAGAAAUCCGCACGCGCCUGAACCGCCUGAGGAAUUGAAGGAUUUUCUGAGAGAAAUAUACUUUCGAAAGGACAGUGAAUAG